AUGGCACCUGCAGUUGAUGGUCACCUUGCUAUCCUCGCCGGCAUUCCUCUUUCCUUUGUCGCCGUCACGGCACUCUGGCGAUUCAUCAAGAAGCGACAGAAUAACCUCUCUCUUCCUCCUGGCCCAGUGCCGCUCCCACUAUUAGGGAACGUCUUAUCUAUUGACCCUCAGGAGCCUUGGCUGACUUAUACCGAAUGGGGUGCUACGUAUGGGGACUUGGUCUUCAUGCGAAAUCUAGGCGAGGAAAUGGUCGUGAUCAAUUCUCAGCACAUUGCAGAAGCCUUAUUGGACAAGCGUUCUCGGAUUUACUCCGAUAGACCAUACUUAGCCACACUCAAGCCAUAUGGCUUGUCGAUCAACUUUGCAUUCUUAGGUUAUGGUGAUGAAUGGCGUCUCUGCCGACGACUCUUCCAUCAAACUUUCCGUCCCGAGUCUGCAGUAAAAUUUCGCCCAAUGCAGAUCAGGCGUGCUCGUGAGAUGGUCGUCAACCUAGUCGAUGACCCUCAACAUUAUCAUGACCACAUCGUAACAUUCUCGUUAUCUGUUGUAAUGUCAGCUGUAUAUGACUACGAUAUCAGUGCUCGUGAUGAUCCUCUGGUGCGGAUUGUGGUAAAGGCACUGAUUCCGGGCACGGCCGUGUUGACCCCAGAGAGAGCAUUGAUGCUUAAAACCUUCCCCUUCUUACUAAAGUUACCCGACUGGUGCUGGGGAUCCUCGAUCAAGCGUGGUGCUCGAGCUUCGACCGAGCGCGUCAAUCAAAUGGCCGACGUGCCAUUCCAAUAUGUGCAGCAGCGCAUGGCCGACAGCUCGUUCGUCGCUCAAUCUUCAAUGGUUGCAGAAAACUUGCGACGGAUGGAAACGCAAGAGGAGGCAUCCAAACCUGCAUUCGAGAAUGCCUUGAAAAAAGCAGCUACUACUGCUAUUGGGGCUUCAUAUGAUACAACUGAGGCAGUUUUGAUGGUUUUUGUUUUGGCCAUGGUAUUAUAUCCAGACAUUCAGAAACGCGCACAAGCGGAAAUUGACUCAGUGAUUGGAAGAGAUCGGCUGCCAACAUUCGAGGACAGAGCAUCACUACCUUACAUUGAUGCAGUUAUGCGGGAAACUUUCCGAUGGCAGCCCGUUGCACCCCUUGGCGUACCACAUGCUACCUCGAGUGAUGACGUAUAUGAGGGCUAUUUCAUUCCAAAAGGCACAAUCAUCACGCACAACAUAUGGUCCGGAGCAUUACACGGGAUGAAAAGCGGUACCCCCGACGCAUCUCGUUUUAUACCAGAAAGGUUCAUCGACGUUGAUGGUGCAUUAACAGGCGAUGAUCCCGCACAGUACGUUUUCGGCCUUGGCCGACGUAUAUGUCCAGGGCGGUAUACUGCUGAUGCCUCUACGUGGUCUGCCAUUGCGACCAUGUUGGCCACAUUGGACAUUUCUUCUGCAAAAGAUGAUCAGGGAAAAGUGAUCAGCUUCACUCCCGUAUUCAUCACGGGAGUGGCUCGCUGUCCUGCGGUCUUCCCUUGCAGUAUUUCGACACGGUCUCACAUUCAUUCAGACGUUGUGGACGGUUGGCGAACUGCCGAGUUUUGAAAGAAGGGAUGGCAGUUUCCCCUAUCUGUGUCUGAUUGGGGCAUCAAAGGAGUAAUCGAUCGAGUAUGUACCCCAUUGACAAGAGUUGCCCUGUUAAAAAUCAGGAGUGAGUUCUGAGUGUCGUAGCAAUAGACUCAUGAGCGUUCGAAGCCGUCGGGAGCGAUGACCUUAUAACCUAUGGUCAGUCUGGUUUUGGGACCGGCUGAGAUAAUGGGUAGAACUGUGAACGAGAUACUUGGGCUGCAGCAUUAAUUGAUGAAAUAAGUGAAGCGAUUAGAACAGGAAUGAACAUCGUGGUUAUUCACGAUAGGUAGGAGUGCUCUCGCUGGGAGGAUACUGGGAUGUAGGAUCAGAUUAUAAUGAGAAGACACAUCCCUCUUCGCAGCUUUUCUUUGUCAGCACAAUUUGCAUGGAGAAACAGAACGGCCAGUCGCAGCGUAGACAGCGGGUCGACGCG